AUGGCCGACCAAUCUAUUCAUCGUGUAGCUGUCAUUGGAGCAGGCAUAUCCGGAGUAGUCACUGCCGCGCACCUCAAAUCCGAAGGACUGGACGUGACGGUGUUCGAAAGAGCGCCAGUCAGUGGAGGCGUGUGUCUGAAGAACAAUGUUCCAACAGAUCUGCUAGAAUUGAGUCUUAAUACUUGGAAACCAAACACGGAGUCCUUUGCGAAUCAUCGUGUCCUCGCGGAAUAUAUUCAAGACACAGCUUCCAAGACUGGUAUAGCCGGUCAGACGCUUUUCAACACCAAGGUUGAACGUGUGAACAAGCAAGAUGGGAAGUGGAGGGUUGAGACGCGUACCUGGGAUCACGACACACAGGAGACAGCUGCACAACACUGGGUAUUUGAAGCUGUUGUUGUAGCUUCAGGUCAUUAUCAUGCUCCGAAGACGCCUAGUAUCCCUGGAUUGGCUGAAUGGAAAACCGCAUGGCCGUCAAGAACCGUACUACUCAUUGGGGGUAGCGCCUCUUCCUUGGAUAUCGCCAAAGAACUCAGUCUUGUUACCAAAAAAGUGUGGCAAUCGACAAGAGGUGGUGCGUUUGACCAUCCAGAAUCCUCGCUGCCCGAGAAUGCCACAAGAGUAGGGCAAGUAGCUCAGUUUGGCCCUUUACAAACCGAUCCUCCUUCUGAGUCCAGUGCAAUUCCGGGAACAGUGACGCUGGCCAAUGGCCAGGUUUUGGAAAACAUUGACCGCGUAAUUGUUGCAACUGGAUAUCAAUUUAGCCUUCCCUUCCUGUCGGAGUAUCAUCGCGACGACCAGGCGCCGGAGCAAGCAGACGACCUUGUCCUCGUCACGGAUGGUUUACAGCUGCACAACCUGCACAAAGACAUAUUUUAUAUUCCAGACCCGACGCUUACGUUUGUGGGUGUGCCGUUCUACACUGCGACAUUCUCGCUCUUUGAGUUCCAGGCCAUCGCCGUCGCUGCUUUCUUAUCAGACAACGCAAAGCUCCCGGCUGAUUCUGUUAUGCGAGCUGAGUAUCUCCACAGAGUCAAAGAGAAAGGUUAUGGAAAGAAGUUUCAUAGCUUGUGGGGGAAAGACAUUGAAUACGCUGCCGAGCUGAUGCGAUGGGUUAACGAAGGGAGAGCACCAUCGGACAAGAAGCCUGACGGCUAUUCACGAGAGUGGAUUGAGACCAAAGAGAGAUUGAUGAAGCUGACACAUCCGAAAAAUGUCCUGAAUAGCGGAUUCGAAAAUCCAGAAGCUGCUUCCUAA